ACUCGGUUCAAGAACUUACAAUUGAAUAGAUUUUCUGGUUUUCAAGCAACAUGAACUCACUAAUCUCAUCGUCUCUCUGCAACUGCCACAUUUCAAAACUACCAUUAACGCGCACCAGACUUAGAUACGGACAUAGAUAUAAUUUCUGUAAUAUUAAUGCCCAAAUACCCAGCAAAAACUUGAAAAUAAGUGCUAAUACAAAUGAAGUGGAUACACAGACACUGGAGGAAUCUGAGCAAGAGCUGGAGCAAGAACAAGAACCAGAUGAGGCAAGCAAAGUCUCUGCUCCUGCAAUCGACAAAGAGCUCAAAAAGGCUGUUCAAAAAACUGCUGCUACCUUUGCACCAAGAGCUUCUACAGCUACCAAAAAUCCUGCAGUCCCAGGAACUGCUUUAUAUACAGUUUUUGAGGUUCAAGGGUAUGUGUCACUGUUGUUAGGUGGAGCACUUUCUUUUAAUAUCAUAUUUCCAUCAAAUGAGCCAGACAUAUGGAGAUUGAUGGGGAUGUGGUCUAUUUGGAUGUUCACAAUCCCUUCAUUACGAGCUAGAGACUGCUCCAAGAAUGAAAAAGAGGCUCUUAACUAUCUAUUUCUCCUUAUCCCUUUAAUCAAUGUUAUAAUCCCUUUCUUUUGGAAGUCCUUUGCUGUUGUAUGGUCUGCAGAUACCGUAGCCUUCUUCGGAAUGUAUGCUUGGAAGUUGGGAUGGUUACAGAGAACAGAGUAAGAACUGGUUCAGUACUUUCUGCAAUUUCUUUGAUUGGAUCGACUGAACCAAUCGUAUUUUCUCUGGCAUGGAUCGGACAAAAAAUCACUUCUCAAAGAUCAGAACUGCAUACGUUACAGCCAACAACAUGAUUGCCAGUUAUUGGGAAUGACAGAUUGAUCGACUGUAUUUAGGGUCUGCAUUUUAUACUCGCUUUUACGUUUUUGGAAGUUGAUACGCUAAGGCGGAAACAUGUAUACAGGAUUAUGAAGCUCACUGUAUUAAACAAUUUGUAAUGGCCUAAUUUUGCUAUAUUCAAAAGAAUCAUAGCAAGAGCAAGAAAUUAUCAGAAAACA